GUUAGAACGAUAUGAAGUUGCAGCAAAACUGACGUGGAAGUUACUAAAUGUACUAAAUCUUGCGCAUUGCAACCUUACGUGGCAUACAGCUCUUUAACUGUUCGUGUCUUGUGUUUGUGAUGAAUUUCUUAAUAUAAUUUUCAAGUAUUUCGUCUUUUCGUUUUCAACAAAAUGAAUCCGCAAUAUAUGCCACAGCAGUAUGGUGGGCCCCAAAACUUUCAAAAUAGGCCACAAUCUGCAGUUAGUCCUCAAGGAUUUCAAAACGUCCCAUUAGGAUCACCAAAACCACCUGUAAUGGGGCCUUCACCUAAUGGGCCCCCUUUACAAGGUGGUCAUUCCACAUUUCCUCCUUCUAAUCAAAACGUACCUAUAUCUACAAGACCGAAUAUGCCACCUAAUCCAAGUAUGGGACAAAUUCCACCUGGUCAAUUACCACCUGGAAUUCCUAAAGCGACUGUUCUACCACAACCAGGUCCUCAAUUUUCUUCAGGGCCACCUUCAUUGGGGACAUCUUCACCUGGACUUCCACCUUUACCAGGUGCACCACCAUCAUCAGGAGGAUCACAACUUCCUCCCCAAAAAAUAUUAAAUCAGGAACAAUCCACUCAUCAAAAUCAGAUGUCUAGCCAUCAAAAUCAGUUGCCACCCCCAACUAAUUCACAGACUCAAAAUGGUCCGGCACCAAGUAUAUUUCCUCCUAUAAGUAAUCCCUCAAUGAUUAAUCCUCCUCAACCAAACCAAUUUAAUCAAUCUCCAAAACCAAAUCCGUCAUCUACAGUAAAUCCAAAUCCGUUUCCACCACAACAAUUUGGUCCAUUACCGACAAAACCAACCCCAACUGAAAUGCAAAGUCAGUUUAAUGCACCUCCUAGCGGUCCUCCUGUUAUGAGUAGUAGACCUCCUAUACUUGAUCAACAACUUAAUCAGCAAUCCCCGAGGCCACCUGGUGGUAAUCAAUUCCCAAAUCAAAACAAUUUAUCAAAUCAGAUGCAAAAUAUGAACAUUAGUGGGCCACAAUUUGAUAAUGGUCCUCCACAUAUACCACCAUCUGGAGUUAACCAAAAUUUUAUGAACGGCUCCCAAGGAAAACAACCUCCAAUGCCAAGCGGAUAUCCACCUAUGAUGAACCAACAAAGACAACAACCUAUAAAUUAUCCCAGUGGGAUAGGAGUUCAGAGGCAACCUCCAAUGCCUGGACAACCUCCAAUGCCUGGACAACCUCCAAUGCAUGGACAAACUCCAAUGCAUGGACAACCACCAAUGCAUGGACAACCACCAAUCCCUGGACAACCACCAAUGCCUGGACAACCACCAAUGUCUGGACAACCACCAAUACCUGGACAACCACCAAUGCCUGGACAACCACCGAUGCAUGGACAACCGCCAAUGCAUGGACAACCACCAAUUCAUGGACAACAAUCAUCAAUGAUGGGGCCACAGUCACCAAUGAUGGGACAACCUCCUAUGAUGGGACAACCUCCUAUGAUGACACAACCUCCUAUGAUGGGACAACCUCCUAUGAUGGGUCAACCUCCUAUGAUGGGACAACCACCCUUGCCUGGACAGCCACCUAUGUCAGGGCAACCCCCAAUGCCUGGUAUGCAAUCACCAAGUGGACCUUAUCCCCAGUCAGCUUAUGGACAAGCUCAACCACAAAAAAGGUUGGAUCCUGAUCAAAUGCCAAGUCCAAUUCAAGUAAUGCAGGAUGAUCAGAAAAUGCGAUCAGGAAUAUUUUAUACCAAUCAAAAAGGAUUAGUACCGCCAUUAAUCACCACAAAUUUUGAGGUUCAAGAUCAAGGAAACGCAAGUCCAAGAUACAUCAGAUCUACUAUGUAUAAUAUUCCAGUAACACAGGAUUUAAUGAAACAAACUUCAGUACCUUUUGGUUUGGUAAUAAGUCCAAUGGCAAGAACGGUUGGUCAAGAAUUUCCACCCCCAAUAGUAAAUUUCGGCGAAUUAGGUCCGGUACGUUGUACAAGAUGUAAAGCAUACAUGUGUCCUUACAUGGUAUUUAUCGAUGCUGGAAGACGGUUUCAAUGUUCGUUCUGCAAAGCAACCACAGAUGUUCCAACUGAAUAUUUUCAACAUCUCGAUCACACCGGACAAAGAACCGAUCGAUUUGAAAGAGCCGAGCUCGUUCUUGGAACAUAUGAAUUAAUCGCAACAGCUGAUUAUUGUAGAAAUAAUAAAUUACCAAAACCGCCAGCGAUUAUUUUUGUUAUCGAUGUUUCUUAUAAUAAUAUAAAAUCGGGAUUGGUUCAUAUGUUAUGCGCUCAAAUGAAACAAAUUCUUAAAAAUUUACCAGUCGAUCAAGGUCAAGAAAAAAGCAAUGUUCGAGUUGGAUUUAUAACCUAUAAUAGCAGCGUACAUUUUUAUAAUAUCAAAGGAUCUUUAGCUGCCCCGCAAAUGUUAGUUGUCGGCGAUGUUCAAGAUAUGUUUAUGCCGUUAUUAGAUGGAUUUUUAUGCACCCCGGAAGAGUCCGAAAUCGUUAUUGAUGCAUUAAUGGAGCAAAUUCCACAAAUGUUUGGCGAUACCCGAGAAACGGAAACAAUUUUAUUACCGGCCAUUUUGGCGGGAUUAGAAGCUUUGAAGGCUUCUGAAUGCGCUGGGAAAUUGUUGGUUUUCCAUUCGACUCUUCCGAUCGCUGAGGCUCCAGGUAAAUUAAAAAAUCGGGAUGAUAGGAAAUUAUUAGGCACAGAUAAAGAAAGGACCGUUUUGGCACCGCAAAAUCAAGCUUAUAAUCAACUAGGACAAGAUUGUGUUGGGGCUGGGUGUUCAGUAGAUUUGUUCCUGUUUAAUAAUGCUUACAUUGACCUCGCGACUAUUGGACAAGUUUCAAGAUUAACUGGUGGUGAAAUAUUCAAGUAUACUUAUUUCCAAGCUGAUAUUGAUGGUCCACGAUUAAUAGAAGAUAUCAUAACAGAUAUAAGCAGACCCAUAGCAUUUGAUGCAAUUAUGAGAGUGCGCACAUCAACAGGUAUCAGAGCAACGGACUUUUAUGGUCAUUUCUUCAUGUCAAAUACAACAGAUAUAGAAUUAGCAACGAUAGAUUGCGAUAAAGCAGUAGCAGUUGAAGUAAAACACGAUGACAAACUGACAGAAGAAGAUGGCGUUUAUAUUCAAGUUGCUUUAUUGUAUACUUCAUGUUCGGGACAACGAAGGCUCAGAGUUAUUAAUUUAUCAUUGAAAACAUGUUCCCAAAUGGCCGAUUUGUAUCGAUAUUGCGAAUUGGACACGAUUAUUAAUUUCUUUGGGAAACAGUCUGUUUUCAAAUUAUUGGAGCACAAUCCGAAAGCCGUCAAAGAUAAUAUCGUUGCAAGAGCCGCGCAAAUGUUAGCUAAUUAUCGAAAGAAUUGUGCCAGUCCAAGCGGAGCUGGGCAGCUUAUACUACCUGAGUGCAUGAAAUUAUUACCCUUAUAUGUCAAUUGUUUACUUAAAAGUGAUGCAAUGUCUGGAGGUUCAGAUAUAACAUUGGAUGAUAGAUCAUUUGUAAUGCAUAUCGUAAUGAUAAUGGAUAUUCCCACUUCGGUGGCCUACUUUUAUCCAAGACUUAUUCCGCUUAUCGAUGUAAAACCAAACGUCGAUGGAAUCGUAGAUAUCCCACCACCAAUCCGAACAACUCUAGAAAAAGUAUCUGAUCAAGGAGUUUAUAUUUUAGAGAAUGGUAUUCAUAUGUUUAUGUAUAUCGGAUUAGCAGCGAAUCCAGAAUUUUUACAACAAGUCUUUGGUGUUCCAACUGCCGUUCAAGUAGAUGUGGAAACAUGCGAAUUACCCGUACUGGAUAAUCCAUUAUCAAUUAGUGUUAGGUCAAUCAUCGAUCAAAUUAGGGUGCAAAGACACAGAUGUAUGAGAUUAACUUUGUUACGUCAAAGAGAAAAGCUGGAACCUGUUUUCAAACACUUCUUGGUUGAAGAUCGUGGCGCUGACGGUUCGGCGAGUUACGUUGAUUUCUUGUGUCACAUGCACAAAGAAAUACGAACCCUCCUCAGCUAGCAUCUUAAUGGGCGUAUAUUUUAAAUAAUAAUUAUUAAAAAAAGGCAACGUUUACAUUCUGUGUAUUUCUCAAUGUAUUUUUUUUAUUUUAUUUUCUAUCCGCCACGUAUAUUAUUAAUUUUGCCCCCUCCAUUUGUCGUCUCAGUUGGAAAGCAAGAAUAAAAUCGACCGCCAUCUUCUGUUGAAACGUUAAACAAUUUAGGUCGUAGUAGUCUCUAAGGUUAUUGUUAUACGACCCCCCUAGAAGAAGAAAAAUAUGAAGAAAAGAAAUGUUUUUUUUUAUAAAUUGGUAUGAUUAUGUUAAAAACUAAAAGUUACUCCUUUAUAAUCAUAUUAUAAUUAAAUAACUUUGUAUCGAUUUUUAUUGGUGCCCUCACUGAAUGGUUAUGUAUAAAAAGUAACAUUAAAUUAGGUUUAUAAUAUA